AUGGUUGAUAAGAAAGAAUCGGAAAAAAUCAAAGAACCAUUCGAUUUGUUGAAAAAAUCAAAAAACUUUUACGACAAAACUGGAGCUCCAACGGCCACGGCAGCCAACCAUCCACUGAUGGCUGCCGUGGGCCGGACGCCGACAACAUCGUCGGAGAACGUCCCUAGAGGUUUAGAUGGUAAACCAGGUGUAGAUGGUAAACCAGGUGUAGAUGGUAAACCAGGUGUAGAUGGUAAACAAACAUCACAAACAUCGAAAAAGCAAGGACAACAGCAAUAUUAA